AUGUGCGAGUGUAAAGAAAGAAAGAAAACAUUUUCAUAAAUAGCAAGGUGUAUUUCAAACGUGAUCUAAAUGAUUAACACAAACAUAACACUAUCGUAUAUUUGCCUCGAUGUUCUUCUUGGACGCUGCUGGGUCAACAGCACUGUUUAGAAUCCAUUUGGCCCUUUUAUGAGGAUUUUCGGGUGUUUUCCCCAAUAUCGGUGACGUUGAAUCUAACCACGGGAGCCGCCAUCUUGCCAUUCUGUUGACACAAAGCUGCUACCUCAUUGGUGUAGAGCAAUCACGUGUCAAACCGUGCCACCACUUACGACCAAAAUCCUAUUACGCUCUGAAGAAACUAGUUCUGCUUCAAACACAGACGCAUCGACAAUUGAGUGGAAUUUCAGCGACGAACUUUUUUUGGUAGCUUAGCACAACUUGUUCUUUUUUUUAUGAGCUAAAUAUUGUGUAGAUGCCAGACUGUGGAGCGGAAAUCGUUUUCUAAAAGACUUUUUGUGAAUCGGUCCGCUUUUAGCAACUUCCGAUUUUUUUGGCAACAGUUUUUACUUUCGAUCACAGCUCGUGUUCGUGCCGAUCGCUCCUGGAGUCUGAUAAGAUUUUUUUCUUCUUUAUGUCUUUGUUUUAACUUUCUGCUCUUCUUCCUUCAAAUAAUCCUCUACCAGCUUCCGGGCUUUGGCUCAACACCACCUUCCUCUGGACUCAGCUUCUCAUCUCAUUUUGGCGCAAAGACACUCUUCGUUUCUCUUACGGAGUCAUUUCAUCCAUUUCCGUUAUCUGAUCUUAACCUACGUCUGUUCAGCUGGUUCCACCCAACUCGCCCCCAUUUUACCCUCAGUGUUCAUGUCCGAGAGAAGCGACCCCACCCUUUAGUCCACCCCCCUUUAGUCCACCCCCUUUGUCUGCAGCUCUCGGUCCUCUAGUUCUAUUCGUGUUGACACGGGAUAUCCGUGAUCACUUUAACGGGACCUAGCGGGAGAACCGUAACGCACAAUCUGCCAGAGAAGCGUCCUCUUGUUGACCUGGAUCGACGCGGAUAAAACACUUUUUUCUUCAAUAGAGUCCUUCACAUUUUUCUUUUGGGUUAUUUUUUUGUUUCCGUUUCUUUCCUCCGGAGAAACAAGAAGUGAAACUUUCUUCACUUCCUGGUUUCAUCGCCUCGCUUCCAUUUUGCAGAAUGAGGUCGUGCUUCGUGCUUCUCUUUGCUUCUCUGCUGACAUCAUGUGAAGCACAAGGAACCAUUGAGCCUUUUGGGUUUGUGCUGAAGGGACGUGAUCUGCUCCUGAAGCUUCAUGAUGAUCCUCCUGAGGGGGUUUUAGCUGUUGAAUGGAAAGUCAAUAAAACAGUCACUCUAGUGAGAUUUGAACCUAGUGGAAAAGCAAAUGUCCUUCAUAAUAUCACUAGAAGGUUUAAGUUUCCUGAGAAUAAAUUCUCUGUGAUAUUGAAGAAUCUCCAAGAGGUCGACAGUGGAGUUUAUUCUGCUGUAGCAGGAACAUCUACAGAAGACAAACUAGUAGCUGAAUACAAGGUCACAGUUCAAGGACCAGUGUCUCCAGUCAAACUGAUCGUGGACCGAGUGGACUCCAGGAGCUCAGAGUCAUGUGACCUCCAUGUGACCUGCAGGACUCACAACUCUCACAUCAACAGCACUUUCAGAUGUGUCGACUGGGUCUGCAGUCAGGAGGGAGGAGAGCGAUCAGAGGUCACGACCUCUGGGGCUUCUCUCCAGAUCUACCUGCUGAACAACGUGAUCAUCUGUAACCAUAGAAACAAGGUUCACUGGACCCAGGACUUGGUUCCUGCUGAACAUCUUUGUCCCUCAAAACAUGAUCCUCCUCUUCACUUUGGCUGGGUGACUGCUAUUUGCAUUCUCACUGUCAUUGUCAUCAUGAUUGUGGGUCUAUUUUUCUGGCUUUAUCGUAAAAGGAGAUUCAUCCGCAAUGAAAGGAGCAUAAAAACUCUUUUACAGAAUGUCACUCAGAGAUCAUCAUCAUAUUGGAGCCCAGACUACUAUCCAGAUGUAGGAAGAAGAUUUGAAGAUCUUGUUCAUUCAGUUAUUCAGAGAUCAAGAUCAACAGACGACAUUCCAGCUUUUGGAAGAAGAUUUAAAGAUCUUGUUCAUGAAGCUCUUCUGGAAUUAACAUCAGCACCACGUCAGAUGUGGAACCCAGCAGACGCUGCAGAAAGAAGAUUUGAAGAUCUUGUUAAUUCAGUUUUUCAGGAAUUAACAUCAGCAUUACCUCAGAUGCGGAACCCAGCACACGAUCCAGAUGUAGGAAGAAGAUUUGAAGAUCUUGUUCGUGAAGUUAUUCAGGCGAAAACAUCAGCAUCACCUCAGAAUUGGAGCCCAGAAGACGACAUUACAGAUUUAGGAAGAAGAUUUGAAAAAAUUGUUCAUGAAGUUUAUCUGAUAUCAGAAUCAGCAUCACCUCAGAAUUGGAGCCCAGAAGACCCUGAUCCAGCUUUAAGUAGAAAUGAAGAUCUUGUUGAUGCAGUUCUUCUGGAAGAACUUUAACUCCUGAACAAGACGAGCAUCUCCUCCAGCUUUGUGAAACCUGACCCUGGAUCGAUUCAGCCUUAAAGCGGCUUUGGGCGAGAAGAUUCUCUUUAACAAUCAAAUCCCAGAAUUCUGCUGGUAGUUUGCAGCCUUAUUGAAGCUUUUUAUGUUUUGGUUCAUGUUACCUGCUUUAAUGCUGAAAGAUUCUCUUCUACACAAGUGUGAUGUUGGAGUGAGAUUAACAAACAAUGAUUGAAUGUUACUAAGCUUCACACUCAGUUUUUUACUUUUUUUUAAGCAUCACAAUUGGAGAUAUUAAUAUUUUACAUUUAAGGUCAAUGUAUAAAAAGUAAGAAAUAUGUUUCAACUGUGCUGAAUGUGCGAAACAGAUAAUUUUUCUUGUAAAUAUUUUUCCAUGUUGUAUUUAGUCAUUAUAUGUUAUGACGCUUUAACAAUUUUCCACCCAAAACAAAACCUGCUAAAAGAAUGAUGAAGUAAAUACUGUACAUGCAAGCAGACAAAUAUGCAAUGUGUAUUUUUUCCAUUCUAAAUAGGAUCAUAUGUAGUAUUAUAUGGUGUAUUUAAGAUUUUUGCUUACAUAUAAUCUAUAUUAUACAUUCAAGAAAACAUCCACCAAAAGCAUUUAUAUUGUCUUGUGUGAUAUUUUGUCUAUAAAUCAAUGGAUUUUCAUCAUUUGUUUUAAAGGUGAACUAUGAAGGUUUUCAUGUCAAAAUGCAUCUUUGAGUCUACGUUCCUUCACCAGGAAAUAUCAUGUGAAUAGUAGAUUACUUGACCUGAUCAUCAAAGUUCAAAUAAUAGAAAUAAUCAUCAACGUAUUAAAGAAUGUAUUUCCAUUGCAUUACAGUUUUAUUAUUAUUGAAUAUGAUUUUUAAUAAACUUUUCUUCUCCAAACAUUUUA